AUGCUCGGCUCCUUCCAGAAAGCCCGCGGGCUGCUGCGGAGCAGCGUCGCGAGGCUGCAGGGCGACAACGAGGAGCUGGAGCGGCGGCUGCGGGAGGAGGGCGAGCACGUGCUCGACUCCCAGAUCGCGGACCUCCACCGCAAGUGCGCGGAGGCCCGGCGGAGCAACGCCGAGCGGCAGCGGAGGCUCGACGCCGCCGAGCAGGGCCACAGGCGCGACUCGGAGGCCGUUGCGAGGCUGCGGGCGAGCUGGCUCGCGCUGCGGGAGGAGCUCCAGGCGGCGCGCGGGGAGGCGGCGCAGGAGGCGGAGCGCGAGGCGGCGCAGCUCGCGGCCGCGGCGGCCGCCGAGGGGGAGCUGGAGAGGGCCCUGCGCGCGGAGGAGGCGUUGCAGGACAUGCUGAGGUUCCUCUGGCAGCUGAUGGAAGACCUAGCCAGCCAGGUCAGCCUGGAGCCCCCCUGGCGCUGCGGGCUCUGCAGCUGCAGCAACCCGCAGGAGAGCAGCGCCUGCGGCGUCUGCGACAUCGCGCGCGGCGACGAGGCGGGGGCCGAGCGCGACACGGUCGUCGAGGCUUACUUCGAGUUCAGGCUGCACCAGGAGUUCCUCGGCCGCUGCCCAGCGCCCCCCGCCGAGAAGCAGCUGCCCGCCCUCAGGAUUGCCCUGAGCCACCGAACGGAGGGCUGGAUCCAGAGCGACGAGGUCGACGAGCUGCAGGAGCGGUGCAAGGAGCUCGCCGCCGACGCCAGCGUGGAGCCGGCGCUCCAGGCCGAGGCGGCGUACGUGCUUUUCACCCUCGGCAGGGAGGACGGCAGCCGCAUCGGCCGCGCCCUCCUCAAGAGUAUGGGUGAGAACGGCACCGCUGUCCGCCAGAUGUGCAGGCAGCUGCGGCAGAGGCAUGUGGCGCUCCAGUACCAGCGGAUGUUGCAGCUGAAGAAGCACGAUCUGCAUCACUUCGACGACUGGCUGGAGAAGUUCCAGCAGGCGCAGGCGCGCGUUCGGGCCGCGGCGCGGGACCUACAAAGAGUACACAUUAGCGCCCCGCCUGCUCGUCGCCGCCGCCGCGCUCGCUACGCCUGCUUCGAAUAG